AUGAACACAUACGCCCAGCUUGAUUCCGGGAGUUGUUUCCCACCCAUAAACGAAUCUGCUGGUUUUGUUUGCACCUAUAUGAAACAGCAUUGUACAAAUUUAAGCAAUAGAUAUCUUUCAUACUAUUACUGCGGUAAAGUGUCCUACCCUUUGGUAUCACAGUUUGUUCUGGCACUGUUCUUUGUUGUUGCCAUCGUCUUUCUUUUCUUUGCCUUGGGCAUACUUGCCUCUGAUUACCUCACUCCAAACUUAGAGUAUCUCUCAAAGCUUUUGCACUUGGAUGAAAGAAUGGCAGGGCUCACUCUCCUUUCUUUGGCAAAUGGUGCUCCAGACAUUUCGUCAACAUAUGCUGCAAUGAGAUCGCAUUCUGUAUCUUUGGCAAUUGGUGAAUUACUUGGUUCUGUUAACUUUGAGCUCACAAUGGUGAUUGGAUGCAUGGCUAUGGUUAAACCGUUUCGAGUUUCCAACAGCGUGAUAUUUAGAGACUUGGUUGUAUUUGGCGUGUUGAUUCUUCUUACACUGUGGUUUCUUUCUGAUGGAAAGAUCACAAGAAUUGAGUCGUUGCUCAUGGUUGCAUCAUACUUUCUCUUCAUCUUUUUGAGUUGGUUUGGUCCCAAAAUAUUUACUGAAGAUAUUCAAAAUGAGGAUACACGCAGCCCACCUACUUUUAAUGCUGUUGUAAAACCAGAUGAGUCAUCUUUCAUGACGAAUCCACGCACUGAUCUCAGUAUGCUUAGAUUGACCCAAAGCAUUGAGAAUAUGGAGCAGAAAAAGCCUUAUAGACUCUCCUUAGUCGAUUCUCUUAGGCUAGCCUUUGUUCGAUGGCAUCACAAGGAGGCGGCGGCUCCUGAUUCUGCUAAUAGUGUGUUGACUGAGCCCAUAAUACCGUCUAUGGUCGUAACAGAUGGCCAAAAUGAGCCUCUUUCUUCUCCAAAAAGACCACAAUUAAGCUCGAGCUUUGCUUCUGCGCCUGAGUUACGAACUGCUGACGACUUUAAGUCUAUCACAUGCAUUGAUUCCGCAUUUCCUGAUGAGCAGCAUAAUCCGAAUGUGCUUGAGGUCCCAACCCGCUCCAGAGGUAACAGUUAUGGAUCUACAAGCUCUUCUAACGAAUCUGUUUGCUCUUAUGGAUCGGCCAUUCUUUCUGCGGUUGGUAUUCCUGUUAAUUCUUACUCGACUUAUGAGCCUGAAAGGCAGCUUUUAUAUAGAAUCAUCCCCCGUUGGAGCAAUAUUCACGUUCAGGGAAGCUUCUGGAGCACUGUCAUCAACAUCUUAACUCUUCCAUAUGUUGUUCUGUUCAACAUACUUGUACCCGUCCCCAUACCGGAAAAGGUACCUUCUGAUGUCCGUGAAGAGGAGAAAUUGCGAAGUAUGUCUCUGUUUUGCAUCCAGCUUCUUGUAAUUCUUCUUAUUUGUUGUUGGAGACACUUCGAACUUCCAGUGAUUGUUCUUUCAUUGAUAUUCAUGACGGCCAUUUUUCUGCUGCAUGUUUUUUCUUCGUCGUUUUAUUCAGCAAUAUUUGAACCGUUGGCCUCAUUUGUCGGCUUUUUAAGUGUUCUAUACCUCAUUGUUUUCACUGCAUCUGGAAUAGUUGGCAUCUUGAAAGAUGCUGCCGUCGUCUAUAAUGUAAAAGAAUCAUUGCUAGGCUUGACAGUUCUUUCCCUAGGAAAUUCAGUAGGAGACUUGGUCACUAAUACCACUUUAGCAUCUCUAGGGUUUGCAUUAACUGGCCUUAACUCUUGCUUUGGCUCUCCGUUAUUGUACGUUUUGUUUGGAAUAGGUCUCAACUCGAUAGUUGUUAGCUUUACAGAGCACAAAAACGAUAUUACGUUCCAAGUUGACAGGAGUCUUCUGUUCACUGCCUACAGCAUAAUAUUUAUAUUGGUAUUUUACAUGAUCGCAAUACCGUUAACUAACUGGAGAUUUAACAGAAAAAUUGGGUUAUUGAGCAUGGUGAUUUGGGUAAUUGUCACCAUGUUAAACAUUUACCUUGGCUAA